AUGUCAAAACUCGCCAGAAAAUUUCGUUUCGAAAAACGUAACCGAGCGUCCCGUCGUGCUGGGCUUGUGUCGAAAGCGUUGCCCGGUGCUUUAGCAGAUCCUAAUUCCACUAUCCACCAAGCUGUUAAUGCAGUUACCUUUUCAAUGGCUGUGCCAUCAUCAGCUGCUGGAAAUACAGCGACCCAACUUAGCGCUGACGAUAUCCUCUCUGAGGGCGACUUAGGGAACACUAAUAGGUUUCUGGUAACCCGUGUUGAGGAUCCGAGGGUCCAAGUUGUUGAUGAUCAGGGGCGCCUCCACCAAGCUUGUCUUUCACCUACGCAACCUGUCUGUACCCAGGAGACUUCAGAUGAGGUGAAACCUUUAGCACCAGUGAGUAUGCAGAAGUGGUUAGAUCAAACACCAAACGCAGCAGAGUUGGAAGCAUCCCGAGACGAGAUUCUCGAGGCUCUGGCAUUCGACCCUGAGCAAGAGGAGAAUGAAACAAUAUCUGGCAAAGGCAAGGGGGUGGACAACUACCGUUAUGGUUUGGGAGGUGCAGAAGCGGACCUGGAUCUAAAUCCUCCUGAAAAAGGGCCCCGGCCCCUCCGCAAGCGGAGUCUUUCCGCUACAAGUUCUUCAACCCUGAGUUCACUUUCCAGUGAAAUAUUUUAUGGAUGUGGAGAAAUAUCGCCUCUGGAUGAAAUAGACCCUGUUUCGGAAAGAUCUAACAGCCUGCCUGCAUCUUUACCCCCAAAUACUGCCAUCCAAGAGCCCGCUGCCAAUCACCAUUCACCAGUGCCUAUCCAAGGUGCAAUCAGCAAUGAGUCCCAGACCAAGGUUGAGAGAGGAAAAGGGGCAAACAGCGGCUCGAACAGUAUUGCGCCUGAUCGAAAACCCUCAAUCGCCAGCAAAUUGAAUUUCAAGUUCAAGGGUAUGCCAAUUUUUUCAUCCAAACAAGCUUCUUUUACCGGUGAGAAUAAAACGGAGCCAAAUGAGGACAAUGAUAAUAAGGAAAAAGCACGCCCUAAAUUUCUCAGCUCACAUCCAUCCAUGGCUUCAAUAGAUUCGCUGGCCAGGGAACCGGCGGCAUCAUUUAAGCAAAGUGUCGAGAAGGUGAGUAGCAUAUUUACCAGAGCUCACAUUAUCUUCAAAACCAGUCGCUCAUCAAGUUCCCAUUUUACUCCCAAGCCUGGUGCUAGAAACGACACGACAAGGUUUGACAUGAGCCAUGAACCGAUUACUGUGGAACCCUUUAGAGAGAUUUUUAGCAACCACAAGAAUUUUCUAUCUAUGCAGGCAGAGAAAAUUCAGGGUGAGGAAGGGUUCAAGUCUGGGCCUUCUGCUUCGAAGGUAAGUGCCUCCCUUUUUCUCCACUCCCUCUGCAACUGAUGAGCCAACUCUAAGAAAAUUAGCACACCCAGGAGUUGUGUCCCCCCAGCGAAUUCACCGAGGUGCGAUCGAUUAUUAAAUCAUUACCAGACAUCCACAGCGGUCUAACCACCCCUCCAACAAUACCUCCGACCAUCCCAAAUAGCCAAAUCACUGCGAUAUCCGCGCCGAUUACUCCUGCAGCAGAGGGAAAGAUCUCUCCCGAACCUUGUGGAAAUCUUGAUGAUACUUUCGCCGACAAUGAAGAGAAUACACAAGUAAAUGUCCUCCCUAUUCAUGGGCCUUCUCCCGGAACGCCUGGGGAGCUCGGGAGACAUCCACAUAGCCCCCUGUUUGAUAUACGCAAGAGGUCGUCCCUUACGGCCUUAAGAAUUCAGCUAGACUUUUUCAACAAGAUGGUCAACGACAUCCAGAAAAAGAUUAAUAAACUCGUGAUCUAUCAGCCGACACCGGCUCUUCUCGAACGCCUUCGGCAGCUUAAACAUGCUCAUCGCGGGAUCAUUCUCACCCUCGGCGCGGCUCCCAUCUUGGAGGAUAUGAAAGCCGCUGGGUAUAAAGGAAAACUUCUGGCAGACCUUGAAGCUUUCCAAGGCCGGCUCGAUGAGUACAAUUGGGAGCAAGAAGGCGAGGAUCCUAUGGCCAAUCCAUUUGGGCUCCCUGUGGAGCCAGCCUGGCACGGUGGUCAGUUUGAGGGUGAUUGA